GCGCCCGAGCCCCGGGCGUUACCGCCGCCCGGCCCGCGGCCUGCACCGAGAGCCGAGCUCAGGACGCGUUAAUUAAUCACCCCCCGUUAAUCACCGCUGCAGCCGCGCCGCCGGCGCCCAGCGGGUGCCCCGCGGAGGUACAAGGAUUUGUGUAGACAGUGGAAGUAAGAGUUGUAUAUUAACACAAAUUUGGACCAUGGGGUCUAAAAGCCCAGCACAAGAUACCUGCAAGAAGAGGAUGGUGAGGAGCAUGUAACAACAAGGGUGUUUAUAGUGAGGGGAAGGACGGAAAAAGUGUUAGCAAACAAAAGACCAAAACAAAAUAAAGCCAACGCAGAACCUGAGGCUCCUGAGGUCACGAAACAAUUCUCUGUACAACAUGAGUCACCCAGAGCAGUUCCCGGACUUCCCGCCCCUGCCUGCCUCUGCCUCUGCUUCUGCUUCUGCUUCAGCUGCACCUGCAGACUUGCAGGAGCUUCUCCUUCAGAAGAGUGCCUAUCCCCCUUUGAUGCAACAGUCAUCCUUGACUUUGGCAGCUCCAUUCAAGGAACAGAGUCACUACCGGAGCCCAAGUGACUCCAUAGCUAAUAACUACACUCUUACUGCACGGGAUUUAAAAAUGAAAAAUGUGUCCAAAGUCAAGUCCUCUUCAAUGAUAGAGUUAUCACAGGCUUCAGGAGGGGAGAGGACACCCUCACCACCUCCGAGAAAAAAGCUCAAACGUUCACAAAGACGAUGGAGUUCUGAUAGUACUUUGUUAAGCAUUUUGAAUCCCAUUUCACUGAGUGCACCUGUUCAUGUGGCAGACCUGCAUGUCCUAAAUUACACAGACAACCAGCCACUGACCCCAGAAGAACAAUUUGCUGUCAUGGAUUUACAUGAGAAGGAGACAAGUAAGCGAGAAAAGCCACCUUCAAGCAAUGAUAUAGAGCGGUACUGUUACUACAUAUAUAAUGGAGUGCAGGAAGACAUGGUGGCACCUCAGGAUGAGGAAGUGAUGAAUGAAAUUUUAAGCCAUGUUCCAACUCACAUUCUUACUAACCCAGGCCUGGAGAAAUUACUUGCAAGGUUGAAAGAAGAGAUUAAGGCAGACUAUUAUAUCGGCCUCAUGAAAUCCAUUGUUGAUUAUGUCCUGAUGGAUCCAGCUGAGAGAGAGAGACUGUCUAUCCGAAGUACCCCACGCCCUUUUCCCCGGAGAGUUGUCUGUGGACCAGUCCCAUGGCACAGCUCUUAUGGAGAAACGAAAACUUGGAAUGAAAGGAAUCUAUUCGUAGUGAAUUCAUUGAUGCUGACUUUGCAAGACCUCUGGCUUUCUGAGUACAGCCAUCUAAGGUUUGUUCGCACUGCAGAGAUGCUUUGUGGACACCUGCCACUGCUGCCUGAUGAAUUUGAGGAGAUCGUUCGAAGACACUGUUUGGAAGCUCGAGACAUCCUUCAGAACAAGUGGAUCCCAACCUGUGCAUCUGUUUUCAUUGAUCAGAAAAAUAAAUGGCUUCAUUUUGCUCCUGAAAGGGACUCUGAUUCCUCUGAGCGAGUUGAAAGCUAUUUUAGUUCAGUGGCAGCUCUGAUGUCGUUACAGUUACGUGAGAUGGUUGUUAACUCCUUAGAAGAUCUUCUUGAAUUUUUUAUGAUCCACAAGGAUGGAAAUGAUUUUACAGAACCAUAUCGAGGAAUACAGUUCUUUAUACCUCAGAUACUGAGAGUGAGACUGUGUGUGAAGGAACCUGAUAUUGUCUUUGAGCCAUCCUUGAGAGGAUGUUGGGAUUUAUUCAGUCAUGCCUUCAAGGAGAUCCUGCGCAGUGCUGAGGAACUUCCAAAGGUAGAAAGACUUCUGUUUCCAAAAUUACAAAGAGAUAAUCUCACUCUCAGUACAGUCAAACCAGAGGAAUCAUUGUUUUCAGACUAUAUCAACAAACUUGAAAAGAUCUUUGAGAGCAACAUACUCGGUCCACAGAAGUAUUUAAAUGUGUACAGGAAAUACAGCAAUCUUUUGAACAAUGAGGCACUGCAAGAUGUCACAGAUUUCUGGAAAAAAGGUCCUUCUUUAGAAGCUUUAACUGAGAAGAUUGACAGCUUAACAAAACUGAAAAGAGAGAUUGCUUCUAUGCAUGUCACUAUUCCUCUGGCCAUGUUCUGUCUGGAUGCUCUACACCUGCAUGAGGAACUCUGCAAUCGGACCCAGAAUCUGAAAGACAAAUUGAUUGAAUUUCAAGUGAUAGAAAACAGAGAGUUAAAUCAAAGAAUUUGUGAUGAUUUUAACUUCAUUGCAAAGAAAAUGAGUGAGGUGCCUCAGAACACUGAACAGCUGGUGGAAUAUGAUGCAUUCUUAAAGAAAUCCAGUGAAGUUACUGUUGUUAAACUGAAAAAGGACCUCGUCAAAGCAACACGCAGACUGCAAGUGCUCAUGGACUAUGCUGAUCUUUCUCGUGAUGACAUAAAUCUGAAUAGUGCAGUUUUCCAUUGGCCUGAUCAGAUUCAGAAAAUAUUUGACGACAGUAAACAGCUGUCAACUAAAAGGAGGGAUCAUGUAGAGAUGCUGUUGAUUGAAAGGUGUUCUCAGUUUGAGAAAACUCUUCAAGGUUAUAAUAAAGAACUAGACAGCUACAAAAAGCGGGAUGUCAUGACCGUAGAAGACAUGAAGAACAGCGCUCGGCAUUUUGAGGAGUUAAAUAAGAAUCUAGAAAAUGCACUAAUAGAAUUUGAGGAUAUUACUAGAGAAGAAGAUUUGCUUGGGCGAGAGAAGAGUCAAUUUCCUCUAUUGCAAAGUAUAAUUGCAAGGAAAGAACCCUUUGAGCAACUUUGGGUAACAGCAUAUAAUUUCCAUACCAAAUCUGAGGAGUGGAUGAAUGGAACUCUACAGCAGUUUAGUGCUGAUGAAAUUACUGAAGAAAUUGGAAAUAUGUGGAGGAUUAUGUACAAGCUCUGUAAGAGCUUCCCAGACCUGCCCGGGCCCAGACGUUUGGCAGAAUCUAUGAAAUAUAAACUUGAUAAAUUUAAACAGCAUAUUCCUAUCCUGGUAAUUGCCUGCAAUCGUGGAAUGAAGCAGAGACACUGGGAGCAGAUUAGCGAAAUUGUAGGGUGUGAGAUCAAACCUGAUGAAAAGACUACUCUUAGAAACAUACUGGACUUUGGACUCUCAAAAUAUAUUGAACAACUGGAACCUGUUGGAGCAGCUGCAAGUAAGGAGUAUUCCUUAGAGAAAUCAAUAGAGAAGAUGCAAUCAGAGUGGGUCAAUGUGCAUUUAGUUUUGGUGCAGUACAGAGAUACUGACAUCAACAUCCUGGCGUCAGUGGAUGAAAUCCAGCUUUUGCUGGAUGAUCACAUCGUUAAGACUCAGACAAUAUGUGGCUCUCCCUUCAUCAAACCAAUCGAAGCUCAAUGCUUGGCUUGGAAAGAUAAGCUGUGUUUAAUGCAAGAUAUUCUAGAUAGCUGGCUAAAAUGCCAGGCAACAUGGUUGUAUUUGGAACCAAUUUUUAGCUCAGAAGACAUUGUAGCUCAAAUGCCUGAAGAGGGCAGAAAGUUUCAGAUUGUGGAUUCAUACUGGAAAAACAUUAUGGCAGAAGUGGUGAAAGACACAAAGGUUCUUGUAGCAACUGAACAACCCAAGAUGUUAGACAGACUUCAGGAAGCAAAUACUCUCUUAGAAGACAUUCAGAAGGGGCUGAAUACUUACUUGGAGUCAAAAAGAUUAUUUUUCCCGAGAUUCUUUUUCCUGUCUAACGAUGAGCUGCUUGAAAUACUGUCUGAAACAAAGGAUCCCCUUCGAGUACAACCACAUUUAAAGAAGUGUUUUGAAGGAAUUGCUAAGCUGGAGUUCACAGAAGAUCUGGAGAUCGUAGGCAUGAUUAGUUCAGAGAAAGAAGUUGUUCCUUUCAUAGAUAAAAUCUAUCCAGUGAAAGCAAAUGGCAUGGUAGAAAAAUGGCUUUUUCAAGUAGAGGAAAUGAUGUUGGCCAGUGUAAGACAAGUUCUUCAUGAUGGCAUAAAAGGAUAUAGUGAGGUUCCUCGUAAAACGUGGGUACUUCAGUGGCCUGGGCAGGCAGUUAUUUGUGUUUCAUCCAUUUACUGGACAGAAGAAGUCUCUGAGGCCAUAAGCAAAGGAACUUUACCAGAUUUCCUGGAGAAGAGCAAUCUACAAAUUAGGGAGAUUGUUGAGUUAGUGAGAGGGAAGCUGUCCAGUGGAGCCCGGCUGACACUUGGAGCUCUCAUUGUCAUCGAUGUGCACGCUCGUGAUGUCGUUGCAAAAUUGGUUGAAGACAAAGUCAAAGAUCUGAAUGACUUUCAGUGGAUUUCUCAGCUGAGAUACUACUGGGAAGGGAACGAUGUAGUAGUGAGAAUGAUUACAACAGAAAUGAAAUAUGGUUACGAGUAUCUGGGCAAUUCCCAGCGUCUGGUCAUAACCCCACUAACAGACCGAUGUUAUAGGACAUUAAUGGGUGCCUUGAAAUUAAAUCUUGGUGGUGCUCCAGAAGGGCCUGCUGGAACUGGCAAAACAGAAACAACAAAAGAUCUAGCAAAAGCACUAGCUAAGCAGUGUGUUGUCUUUAAUUGCUCCGAUGGGCUUGAUUACAAGGCAAUGGGCAAAUUCUUCAAGGGACUGGCACAAGCUGGUGCAUGGGCCUGCUUUGAUGAGUUCAAUAGAAUUGAGGUUGAAGUAUUAUCUGUAGUUGCCCAACAAAUCCUUAGCAUCCAGCAAGCUAUUAUUCGCAAACUCAAAAAAUUCAUCUUUGAAGGGACAGAGCUCUCUCUUAAUCCUACAUGUGCUGUGUUUAUCACGAUGAAUCCUGGGUAUGCUGGACGGGCAGAGUUGCCUGAUAAUCUGAAGGCACUGUUCCGAACAGUUGCCAUGAUGGUUCCAGAUUACGCUUUGAUUGGUGAAAUUUCCCUUUAUUCAAUGGGAUUUCUGGACUCUAAGAGUCUUGCCCAGAAAAUUGUUGCCACGUACCGUCUGUGCUCGGAGCAGCUGUCAUCCCAGCACCACUAUGACUAUGGGAUGCGUGCAGUCAAAUCUGUCCUGACAGCAGCAGGAAACCUAAAGCUGAAGUACCCAACUGAAAAUGAAAGUGUGUUGUUACUUCGGGCUUUGAUGGAUGUUAAUUUGGCCAAGUUCUUGUCACAGGAUGUGCCAUUGUUUCAGGGUAUCAUAUCUGACCUGUUUCCUGGAGUGGUUCUUCCUACACCAGACUAUGACCUAUUUAUCAAGGCACUAACUAAAAAUAUUGAGAAGAUGAAUCUUCAACCAGUUCCAUGGUUUAUUGGAAAAAUUAUUCAGGUCUAUGAAAUGAUGCUGGUGCGCCAUGGUUUCAUGAUUGUUGGAGAUCCUAUGAGUGGGAAGACCUCUUCAUACAAAGUGCUGGCUGGAGCCCUGGCAGAUUUGUGUGCAGCAAAAUGCAUGGAUGAAUUUGCUGUUGAAUACAAAGUUAUUAAUCCCAAAGCCAUUACUAUGGGACAGCUGUAUGGCAGUUUUGAUCCUGUCAGUCACGAGUGGUCAGAUGGAGUUCUUGCAAAGGCCUUCAGGGAACAGGCAUCUUCUACCACAGACGAUCGCAAGUGGAUUAUUUUUGAUGGCCCAGUGGAUGCAGUUUGGAUAGAGAACAUGAACACUGUGCUGGAUGAUAAUAAAAAGCUAUGCUUAAUGAGUGGUGAAAUAAUUCAGAUGAAUUCACAAAUGAGUUUAAUCUUCGAACCAGCGGACUUAGAGCAGGCAUCUCCAGCAACCGUCAGCAGGUGUGGUAUGAUCUAUAUGGACCCACAACAGUUAGGUUGGAAGCCACUGAAGGAUUCCUACCUGAAAACUCUGCCUCCAAACCUGCAUGAAGAACACCGAGUGCUGGUCGAUGACUUGUUUACGUGGCUAGUCCAGCCCUGUUUAGAUUUUAUUCACCAUCGUUGCAAAGCCAUUGUACAAACAUCCUCUAUUCAUCUGAGUUACAGCUUGAUGAAACUCUAUACUUGUCUGCUUGAUGAAAUACAUGGAUCUGAGGAAGAGGAGCAGGAAGUCAUGUCUAGUCAGCAAAUCACCUUGUGGCUGCAGAGCCUUUUCCUUUUUGCUUUGGUGUGGACAGUUGGUGGGAUCAUUGAUGCAGACAGCAGAAAAAAAUUUGAUUCAUUUUACCGCAACUUGCUAAUGGGAAUGAAUGAGGAAAACCCACGCCCUAAAAGUGUGAAGCUUACCAAAAACAAUAUCUUCCCAGAAAAAGGGAAUGUUUAUGACUUCUAUUUUCACAAGCAUGGCAGUGGGCAGUGGCACAUGUGGACGGAGUACAUCACAAAAGAAGAGCAAGUCAUCUCUCCUGGGGCUAAGGUAUCUGAGCUGACCAUUCCAACAAUAGAAACUGCCAGACAAAUGUUUUUUCUUAAAACAUAUGUGGAACACAGUGUGCCUUUGCUUUUUGUGGGUCCCACUGGCACUGGAAAAACAGCUAUAACAAACAAUUUUCUACUAAAACUUCCAAAGGAAAAAUACAUCCCGAGUUUCAUCAACUUCUCUGCAAGAACCUCUGCUAGCCAAACCCAGGAUAUUAUUAUGUCCAAGCUGGACAGAAGAAGAAAAGGAGUAUUUGGACCUCCUGCGGGGAAAGAAGCUGUAAUAUUUGUGGAUGACCUAAACAUGCCUGAAAAGGAAGUGUAUGGAGCCCAGCCAGCUAUUGAGCUUCUCAGACAAUUGAUUGAUCAUGGUCACUGGUAUGACAAGAAAGAUGCAUCCCAGAUUAGUAUCAUAGAUGUGCUGCUUGUUACAGCCAUGGGUCCACCUGGGGGAGGCAGGAAUGAUAUUACAGGACGCUUCACACGGCACUUGAACAUUGUAUCGAUCUGCUCUUUCAACGAUGACAUAUUAACCAAGAUUUUUACUGCAGUUACUGACUGGCACUUCAGCAAAGGCUUUGACUCUUCAUUUCUGAAGCUGGGUAAGAUGAUGGUCCAGGCGACAUCAGUGAUUUAUAAAAUGGCAGUUGAUAAUUUUCUCCCGACUCCUUCGAAAUCCCACUAUGUCUUUAAUCUGCGGGAUUUUUCCAGGGUUAUUAAAGGAGUUUUGCUCUGUCCCCACACUCAUCUGCAAGAUGGAGACAAACUGAUCAGACUUUGGAUUCAUGAGGUUUACAGAGUUUUCUAUGAUCGCUUAGUUGAUGAGGAUGACAGGAAGGUAUUCUUUCAGAUGGUACAAGAUACAACAUUAAAUAGCUUCAAGCAGAACUUUAAUAAGGUGCUGAGCCAUCUCUCACCUACUGGAAAAGUCACUGAUGAUAAUAUUCGCAGCCUGUUCUUUGGAGACUAUUUAAAGCCCAGCAGUAGUGUCAAAGUAUAUGAUGAAAUCACAGACUUAAAGCAGCUGACAAGCGUGAUGGAAUACUACCUUGAGGAGUACAACAAUGUCAGCAAAGCACCAAUGUCCUUGGUCAUGUUCAAGUUUGCUAUUGAGCAUAUCUCCAGGAUAUGCAGGGUGUUGAAACAGGACAAUGGGCACCUGCUGUUGGUGGGGGUUGGCGGGAGCGGCCGGCAGAGCGCGACCAAGCUGGCCACCUUCAUGAAUUCCUUUGAGCUCUUUCAGAUUGAAAUCACCAAGUCCUACGGAGUCAAUGAAUGGAAAGAUGACAUUAAACAAGUCAUGCUGAAAGCAGGUGUUGGAAACACCAACGUGUCCUUUUUGUUCUGUGAUAAUCAAAUAAAGGAUGAAUCGUUUGUGGAAGAUAUCAACAUGCUUUUAAACACUGGUGAUGUGCCUAAUAUCUUUGCAGCAGAUGAGAAGGCUGAAAUUGUUGAGAAAAUGCAAGGUGCAGCAAGGAUGGAGAACAGGAAGAUUGAAGCCACUCCCCUUGCUAUGUACAGUUUCUUUAUUGAAAGGGUGAAGAAAAAUUUGCAUAUUGUUUUAGCCAUGAGUCCUAUUGGAGAUGCAUUUCGGAAUCGAUUACGGAUGUUCCCUUCACUGAUAAACUGCUGCACCAUUGACUGGUUCCAAACAUGGCCUACAGAUGCUUUGGAAAUGGUUGCUAACAAGUUUUUAGAGGAUAUUGAACUCAAAGAUGACAUUAGAAAAGAGGUUGUGUCACUGUGCAAAUAUUUCCAAGAAAGUGUGAGGGAACUCUCUGUCAGCUACUACGCGACACUGCGAAGACACAACUACGUGACACCAACUUCCUACGUUGAAUUGAUUCUUACUUUUAAGAGUCUGCUGAAUAAAAAAAGGGAAGAAGUUGACAUGAUGAGGACUCGUUAUCUUGUGGGACUUGAAAAACUUGAUUUUGCAUCUUUACAAGUUGCAGAGAUGCAGAAAGAACUGACUGCCCUUCAGCCUGAACUGAUUGAAACUUCUGCUGAAACAGAAAAAAUGAUGGUCAAGAUUGAAAAGGAAACAGUUGAAGUAGAUGCAAUAAAGGAAGUCGUGUCAGCAGAUGAAAAAGAGGCCAAUGAUGCAGCUGCUGUUGCCCAAGGCAUUAAGGAUGAAUGUGAAGCAGACCUUGCUGAGGCCCUGCCAGCUCUGGCUGCAGCACAGGCAGCUCUUGAUACCCUGAAUCCUUCAGACAUCUCUCUUGUGAAAUCCAUGCAGAAUCCACCUGGUCCUGUUAAGCUCGUCAUGGAGAGUAUCUGUAUCAUGAGGUCAACUAAACCAGAGAGAAAACCUGACCCAAGUGGCAGUGGUAAAAUGAUUGAAGACUACUGGGGGCCAGCUAAAAAAAUUCUUUCAGAUAUCAAGUUCCUUGAGAAAUUACAGAAAUACGACAAGGAUAAUAUUCCCCCCGCUAUAAUGAAGAGAAUCAGAGAGAAGUUCAUUGGUCACGCAGAUUUUCAGCCAGAUGUCGUAAAAAACGUCUCAUCUGCCUGUGAAGGACUUUGCAAGUGGGUGCGAGCCAUGGAGGUGUACGACCGUGUUCAGAAGGUGGUCGCCCCAAAGCGUGAACGUUUGAAAGGGGCAGAAGAAGUACUGGAGGUUCAAAUGCAGAAGUUAAGAGUGAAACAAGCAGCACUGAAGGAGGUAGUUGAUCGCCUUCAGGCUUUGCAAGAUGAGUUUGACAAAAUGAAUAACAAGAAGAAAGAACUAGAAGAUAAUAUUGAACGCUGUUCCCAAAAGCUCGUGAGGGCUGAGCAGCUGAUUAGUGGUCUGGGUGGAGAGAAAGAGAGGUGGACAGAAGCUGCACGAUUGUUAGGAAUUCGGUACACGGACCUCGUAGGAGAUGUGCUGUUAUCAUCGGGAACUGUGGCAUAUUUGGGAGCCUUUACUGUCGAUUACCGCCUCAAGUGCCAACAGCAGUGGCAGGUUCUGUGCAGUGAGAAGAACAUCCCGUGCUCCAGUGAUUUUAGCUUAAGUAACACGUUAGGGGAUCCCGUCAAAAUCCGGGCGUGGCAGAUUGCUGGAUUGCCAGUUGAUUCUUUUUCCGUUGACAAUGGUAUAAUUGUUUCCAACUCAAGAAGAUGGGCUUUGAUGAUAGAUCCCCAAAGGCAAGCUAACAAGUGGAUAAAAAAUAUGGAGAAAACUAACAAGCUGUCAGUUAUCAAAUUAUCUGACACACAUUAUGUGAGGACAUUAGAAACUUCUAUUCAGCUUGGAACACCAGUCUUGCUAGAAAAUAUUGGUGAAGAGCUAGAUGCUUUCAUAGAACCCAUUUUAUUGAAACAAACAUUUAAACAACAAGGAGUAGAAUACAUGAAAUUAGGGGAAAAUAUAAUUGAAUAUUCAAGAGACUUCAGGUUUUACAUGACAACCCACUUAAGAAAUCCUCAUUAUUAUCCUGAGGUGGCUGUGAAAGUUUGUCUACUCAAUUUCAUGAUUACACCUUUGGGUCUUCAGGACCAGCUUCUUGGAAUUGUAGCUGCAAAGGAAAAACCUGAGCUAGAAGAAAAGAAAAAUCAACUCAUCAUAGAAAGCGCAGCCAACAAGAAACAACUAAAAGAAAUAGAAGAUAAAAUCCUGGAGGUCCUUUCCCAUUCAGAAGGAAACAUCUUAGAAGAUGAAACAGCAAUUAAAAUUUUGUCUUCAUCCAAAGAGUUAUCUGAAGAAAUCUCUGAAAAGCAAAAAAUUUCCUCUUUAACUGAGCAGGAAAUAGAUUCUACUCGAAUGGGGUAUAAGCCAGUUGCUGUUCAUUCAGCUGUUGUCUUCUUCUGCAUCUCUGACAUGGCAAACAUUGAGCCUAUGUACCAAUAUUCAUUGGUUUGGUUCAUUAACUUGUAUGUUCAGUCUAUUGCUAAAAGCAAAAAGAGUGGAAAUCUAGAACAGAGAAUUAAAAAUAUAACCGAUCAUUUCACAGUAAGCAUCUAUAACAAUGUCUGUCGUUCACUGUUUGAAAAGGAUAAGGUGUUAUUCUCCUUCCUUCUGACAGUAGGCAUUAUGAAGGGAAAAGGCCAAAUAGAUGAUGAGGUUUGGCGUUUCCUGCUGACAGGAGGUGUUGCUCUCGACAAUCCUCACCCCAAUCCGGCUCCAGAUUGGCUGUCUAACAAAUCAUGGGCUGAGCUCGUCCGUGCAUCUUGCCUGACAAACCUCCAGGGACUUAUGGAACACAUAAGAGACAAUUUUUCCAAGUGGAAGCCAAUCUAUGACUCUGUCAAACCCCACGAAGAAGCCUUCCCAGAUGCGUGGAGCAGACUGACGGGGUUGGAUCGCAUGGUUAUUCUCAGAUGUUUGCGACCCGACAAAAUUAUCCCGGCAGUGCAGAUGUUCAUUGUGGAAAAUAUGGGAAGGACAUUUAUUGAACCACCCACAUUUGAUCUUGGGAGAAGUUACAGUGAUUCAAAUUGUUGUGCCCCUUUGAUUUUUAUAUUAUCACCAGGUGCUGAUCCUAUGGCAGGUUUACUAAAAUUUGCUGAUGAUGUCAGCAUGGGAAGUACAAGCAUUCAGACCGUUUCGCUUGGACAGGGCCAGGGCCCAAUAGCAGCAAAAAUGAUUUACCAGGCUAUUACUGAUGGAACCUGGGUAGUGCUGCAAAACUGCCAUCUUGCAACUAGCUGGAUGCCUGCCUUGGAAAAAAUCUGUGAGGAAGUUAUAGUGCCUGAGAAUACCAAUGAAAAGUUCAGGUUGUGGUUAACAAGUUAUCCAUCAGAAAAGUUUCCUGUUAGUAUCCUCCAGAAUGGCAUUAAAAUGACGAAUGAGCCCCCGAAAGGUGUUCGAGUGAACCUGCUCCGAUCGUACCUGAAUGACCCCAUCUCCGACCCCGUGUUCUUUGGCAGCUGCCAAAAGCCAGUGAUGUGGCAAAAACUUCUGUUUGGCCUUUGCUUUUUUCAUGCUGUUGUACAGGAAAGGAGAAACUUUGGCCCACUGGGCUGGAAUAUUCCAUAUGAGUUCAACGAAUCUGACCUCAGAAUAAGUAUGCAGCAGAUCCAGAUGUUUCUGAACGAAUAUGAAGAAAUCCCAUUUGAAGCUCUGACCUAUCUAACAGGGGAGUGUAACUAUGGAGGUAGAGUGACAGAUGAUAAAGACAGGCGUCUUCUCCUGUCCCUUCUGUCCAUAGUCUAUAACAAGGAUAUAGAGCAGGACAAAUACAUGCUCUCAGCUGGAGGUGACUACUACAUACCACCACAUGGCCCAUAUGAGUCUUACAUUGAAUACAUACGAAGUUUGCCAAUUAUAACACACCCUGAAGUGUUUGGACUUCAUGAAAAUGCAGACAUCACCAAGGAUAACCAGGAGACUAACCAACUUUUCCAUGGAGUGCUCCUGACUUUGCCUAGGCAAGCAGGGGGAGGUGGCAAGUCCCCUCAGGAAAUUGUUGAAGAUUUGGCACAGGACAUCCUAUCCAAAUUACCAAGUAGCUAUGACAUGGAAGAGGUUAUGAAGGCAUACCCAGUACUUUAUGAAGAGUCCAUGAAUACAGUUCUCAGGCAAGAACUAAUUCGAUUUAACAGGCUGACUGAAGUUGUUCGGAGCAGCCUCAUUAAUAUAGGCAAAGCCAUUAAAGGCCAAGUGUUGAUGUCUUCUGAACUCGAAGAUGUUUUCAACAGCAUGCUAGUGGGAAAAGUGCCAUCAAUGUGGGCUGCCAAAUCCUAUCCAUCACUGAAGCCACUGGGAAGUUACGUGUCCGAUCUCCUCUGUCGUUUGGUCUUCUUCCAGGAUUGGGUCAACAAUGGGCCGCCCACAGUCUUUUGGCUCUCAGGAUUCUUCUUCACUCAGUCUUUUUUGACCGGUGUUUUACAAAACUAUGCCAGAAAAUACACCAUCCCAAUCGACCACAUUGGAUUUGAAUUUGAGGUGAUGAAGGAGGAGCACACAAUGGAGAAAAUGCCACAAGAUGGGGCUUAUGUGAGAGGCCUUUUUUUAGAAGGUGCACGAUGGGAUAGAGAAUCCUCAUUAAUUGGAGAAUCACUACCAAAAAUCCUUUAUGAUCCUUUGCCCAUAAUCUGGCUGAAACCUGGAGAAAGUUCCAAAUUUCUUCAUAUGAACAUCUAUUCGUGCCCUGUAUACAAGACAAGCGCAAGAAGAGGUGUCUUAUCCACCACUGGCCACUCAACCAACUAUGUUCUCUCCAUUGAACUCCCUUCAGACAAGCCCCAAAAACACUGGAUAAAUCGAGGUGUGGCAGCUCUGUGCCAGCUGGAUGACUGAGAGGAUCCAACUCAAAACACAUUUUGUUAUUGUAAAGAUACACUUUACUCCUCAAUGGCUGCAUGGUUUGUUUUUUUUAUGAAAUUGGGCCUAAAGAGUUUUGAUGCUGAUUUUAAUGGGAAUCUACUUCACAACUCCUGCAAAUAAGACUCUGUGGAUUUGCCAGCCACUCCUGUGUCUCAGGAGUAUGUAGGGCAAGGAGGGAGGAGGUGAGAAUAUUCUGUUGUCAACAUAUAAAAUCAUGAACUGCCAGAGCUAUAUCAUAAAACUAUAGUCAUUCCUCAAUGAUGUGUCUCAG